UUUAUUUUAUUCUUCUUUGCUUUUAUUAUCUCCUUAACCUCUGCUCUUGUUAUUAAUCCUAAAAUUACAGUUCCUAAUUCACACACGAAAUGGAGAGCAGGAAAUACGUAUAUUGUAAAAUGGAAGACUACAUACCAGGAUUACGGUAGCAAUAAAGCAAUCCCUAUUCCUGAUGACUAUAAGGGUACAAUCAAAUUGGGUUAUCUUGAUGAAAGAAAGGAUCCUUAUAAUGAACACCUUCUUUGGGAUGAUCUGGCUUCUGGUUUUAAAUUAAAUGCUGGUUCUCAAACUAUUACUUUACCUUCUGAUCUUGAGACAAAAACAUCUUACAUUAUUGUUCUUAUGGGUGACUCUGGUAAUGCCUCUCCCAAGUUUACUAUUCAAGCUGCUCGUUAA